CGUGCGAGUUCGAAGCGAAAAGCGGUCCACUUCGCCUUUCUGGGGGCCAGGAUUUUUGAAAGUGACUAGUGACUAGUGGCAGAAUAUGUGCGGUUAGCCACGACAGUUUGCAGUGUCUCGAAAGCCCCAACACACCUAAAAACACAAUCCAAUCGAAUCCGAAUAGAGUCUAGAUCAAUCCAAUCUAAUAACGACUGCCCGCUCAAGGAGAAUCGAUUUUGUAGCUUGUGGAUACGCGGCGCGGAGUCGAGCUUUAAAAAUGUUUCCACCGCGGUUGCUGCGAAUCGCAUUUGUGAUAUGCCUACUGAUUGUCUUGCUCUCGCCCUCCGCAGACAGUGCACAGACCAAGACACGUCGACGACUGCGGCGUCCCACAACAUCGGUCAGCUCCUCGAGGAGCAACCUCAUCGAGUCUAAGAAGUCCACUGAGGCUCCAGAGGCUGAGAAGCGUAUUGACCAGAUCACCUCCGCCACCACCACAAGUGCUCGUCGUACACGCCUUCGUUCCAAGGCGAAAUUGGGAGCAGCUGCAGCUGGAGGAGCAACCGUAGCAGCUGGAGGAACUGCUCUGGUGGCCAGUGGAUCUUCACUAAAAGGCAAGAAGACUAAGGUGGACGAUGGAACGCCGAAGAUUGUGUGCUACUAUACCAACUGGUCGCAGUACCGUGUCAAGAUUGGCAAGUUCGUUCCGGAGGACAUUCCAGCCGAUCUCUGCACCCACAUUAUCUUCGCUUUUGGAUGGCUGAAGAAGAACAAGUUGAGUUCUUAUGAGUCCAACGAUGAGACCAAGGAUAAUGUCCCCGGACUGUACGAACGUAUGAUGACCCUCAAAAAGGCCAAUCCAAAACUAAAGAUUCUUCUGGCUCUUGGAGGUUGGUCCUUUGGCACCCAGAAAUUCAAGGACAUGUCCUCCACCCGAUACACCCGCCAGACCUUUGUCUACUCGGCCAUUCCUUUCCUGCGCAAGCGCGGCUUCGAUGGUCUGGAUAUGGAUUGGGAAUACCCCAAGGGUUCCGAUGACAAGAAGAACUUUGUUUUGCUGCUGAAGGAACUGCGCGAAGCCUUUGAAGCUGAGGCCCAGGAACUGAAGAAGCCCCGUCUCUUGCUUUCCGCUGCCGUGCCCGUGGGUCCGGACAAUAUCCGUGGUGGAUAUGAUGUGCCUGCCAUCGCCAGUUAUCUGGAUUUCAUCAAUCUGAUGGCCUACGAUUUCCACGGAAAGUGGGAACGCGAGACUGGACACAAUGCCCCACUUUAUGCUCCCUCCACCGAUUCCGAGUGGCGCAAACAACUGUCCGUUGACAAUGCCGCCAGCUUGUGGGUUAAGAUGGGCGCUCCCAAGGAGAAGCUGGUCAUUGGAAUGCCGACCUAUGGACGCUCCUUCACCUUGGCCAAUCCGGAUAAGCAUGGUCCCAAUGCCCCCGCAUCGGGGGGUGGACGCGAAGGUGUCUACACCAAGGAGGGUGGAUUCUUGGCCUACUACGAGAUCUGUGAAAUGCUGUUGAAUGGCGCUGUUUAUGUCUGGGAUGACGAGAUGAAGGUUCCCUAUCUUGUUGAUGGAGACCAGUGGGUUGGCUUUGAUGAUGAGCGAGCUAUUAGGAACAAGAUGCAUUGGAUCAAAUCGAAUGGCUUUGGUGGUGCCAUGGUCUGGACCAUCGACAUGGAUGACUUCAAGGGAGAGGUGUGCGGUGGCAAUGUCAAGUAUCCCCUGAUCGGAGCUAUGCGGGAAGAACUCCUGGGCAUUUCCCGAGGAAAGGAGGCCAAGGAUGUUAACUGGACCGCCGUUGCGGCAACAUUUGAGGAUAUCGAAGAGGUUGGUUUACCAGCUUUGACAGUUCAAACUGAUUCUUAUCACUCACGUUGCUUCUUACAGAAACCGGAACCCAUUAAGAUAUCUGUGGAUGAGAUUCUCAACAAGGUGCGAAAGCCACAGGUCCAAAAGAAGCAGCGCAUCAAGUCAGGAGCAAAUGCUGUAGACUCCAACACUCGUCCUGCCCAGGUGUUCUGUUACCUGACCAGCUGGUCAGCCAAACGACCUGGAGCCGGUAAAUUCCAGCCGGAGAACAUCGAUCCCAAGCUGUGCACCCACAUCGUGUAUGCUUUCGCCACUCUUCAGGACUACAAGCUAACAGAAGCCACCGAUGAUGAUCCCGAGAAUUAUGAGAGUGUAAUUGCCCUGCGUGACAACAAUCCCGAUCUGCAGAUCCUUCUGGCCAUCGGAGGAUGGGCCUUUGGUUCCACUCCCUUCAAAGAGCUCACCUCGAAUGUGUUCCGUAUGAAUCAGUUUGUUUACGAGGCCAUCGACUUCCUGCGCGACUAUAAGUUCAAUGGCUUGGAUGUGGAUUGGGAGUACCCCCGUGGUGCCGAAGAUCGUGUGGCCUACGUCAGUCUGCUUAAGGAAUUGCGAGUGGCUUUUGAAGGUGAGGCCAAGUCCUCUGGACUGCCACGCCUACUGCUCACUGCCGCUGUGCCCGCCUCCUUCGAGGCCAUCGCCGCUGGCUACGACGUUCCUGAGAUCUCGAAGUACCUGGACUUCAUCAACGUGAUGACCUAUGACUUCCAUGGUCAGUGGGAACGCACAGUGGGACACAAUUCGCCUCUAUUUGCUUUGGAAUCGGCCACCGGGUACCAGAAGAAACUGACCGUUGAUUACAGCGCGAGGGAGUGGGUGAAACAGGGUGCUCCCAAGGAAAAGUUACUUAUCGGCAUGCCCACCUAUGGCCGCAGUUUCGAGCUUGUCAAUAACACCCAAUUCGAUAUUGGAUCCCCCUCGUCCGGCGGUGGCAAGGCGGGCAAGUUCACCAACGAGGCCGGCUUCCUCAGCUACUACGAGGUCUGCUCCUUCCUGGCGGCAGACAACACCACGCUCGUUUGGGACUCGGAGCAGCAGGUGCCCUUCGCUUACCGCGGCAAUCAGUGGGUGGGCUUCGAUGAUGAGCGUUCUCUCAAGACCAAGACGGAAUGGCUGAAGGAGCAAGGCUUCGGAGGCAUCAUGGUGUGGUCCAUCGAUAUGGACGACUUCUCCGGUCGCUGCGGAAGUGGUAAGUACCCGCUUCUGACUGCCUUGAACGACGAGCUGAAGGACUACAAGGUGGAGUUGGAAUACGAUGGUCCCUAUGAAUCCCAUGGCCCACGAGGAGCCUACACCACCAAGGAUCCUCAUGACGUGACCUGCGCCGAAGAGGACGGACACAUCAGCUACCACAAGGAUUGGGCCGACUGCACCCAUUACUACAUGUGCGAGGGCGAGCGGAAACACCACAUGCCCUGUCCCGCCAACCUGGUCUUUAAUCCGCAGGAGAACGUUUGCGACUGGCCCGAGAACGUCGAGGGAUGCCACACGCCCACGGAGGCGCCAGCCUAAGACCUCCAUCUCCGGUUGGACUUGUUAAUAUUAUGGAAUCGAUGCCCUAGAUUUAGUUGUAAUGCGAAACUGCCACGAAACUCUUUUGCUGCCGCCGCCCCCAUUCCCCAACUAACUACGAAAAAUACUCGACAACUUGCUAAAUUUCGGCUGAAUUUUUUUACACUAAAUAUAGGUCUAGCUAGUGCUGUAAGUAGUUUUUAUGUCUUAGUUACCAAUUCGCACCCACAACAAAGAUGAGAAUGAUGAACCCAAAAA